UAGGGUAAAAAAACUUUCAACAAUUUUUUUUAAUCAUUUUUUAGGGGGAUGCUUUGCACUGAACCAUAUUAUUGGCCUCCAAUUUGUACUGUAUGGGAUUAUGUCACUAAAUGUGCUAAUAUACAAGUAAAAAUAACAAUAUCCAUGUCCCGGACAGCAACUCCUCCCAAAACCCGGGCCUCUGUAUAAGUCAGAAUGCGAUGCUAUUGCUACAAUUGCUGUUAUGUAUGAAAUCAUGUUCUUGGGCUCCGCCCCCUCAGCCUUCCCCUCAAUCUGAGUGCGCUAUAUUGACACCCAGCGGUCAGACGUAAAUGUCAUGCGCUGUGCAGGUUCCGGGGUUCCCUAAUCUCCUCCCCCGGCCCCGCUCAGUGCUGUUGCUGCUCUCCAGCCCGCGGUGAUAAUAAGAUCCCAGGACACAAAAUGGCGCACAGCUGUCGGUGGCGGUUCCCAGCUCGGCCUGGGACCGGCCGGAGACUUGGAGCUAAACACAGGCUGGCAGCCGUGCUGAGGGAGGAUGUCAGCGUCACCGGAUGCAGUACGGGUACUGCGUAUGGAGCCUCUUUGGCCCCCGGGGGCCACGGGAACUGUGGGGUGGUGGGUCCUGGAUUUGAUGCGGCGUUGCAAGUGUCCAUAGCGAUUGGGAGCAACCUGAGACGGUUCAGGGACGUGUCCGGAGGCAGCAGCGGAGAGGAGGAUCACUUUCUAGGAUUUGGUCCAGAUGAUGAAGUUAAAACUCGCAGCCCCACUAAAUCUCCCUCAGAUCAGUCAACCCCAAGAAAACCGCGUGGCAGGCCCCGUAGCAGUUUAUCCAGGAGCUCUGAUGCUUCCUCAACUCCUGCAGAUAACCGUAGCCCUGUGACAAAUAAACAGGAUCUCAGGCCAGCAGAUAAAGCAAAGAAACCAGAGCGUAAACCAGAAGAGAAGAGAAGGGGAAGACCGCCCGCACAGGGCAGUGUCAAAUUCAAGAUGACCCAGGACAAACGUGAGGUAUCGGAACCCGUUAAGACAUCUCGAGAAGAUAAAACUAAGCGGAGAAAGCAGACUGCUGCGUUCCAGCAUGCUGCCAAAAUAAAGAAACUCAGAACAGUCCUACUGUCUCCAAUAAAACCCAAGUUCAAAGGGGAAAAACUGCAAAUUGGACGGAAAGCCGCUGUUCAGAUUGUCAAAAGGCGUGGUAGACCUCCGUCCUCGGAAAGGUUCAAGCCAACCCCACCUGAGAUCAUGUUGAGACAGUCACAAGGGGAUAAAUCACAAAGGGGUCGUAAAGAGGAAUCCCCUCAACUCUUAAAAGAUGAAGCCAGAGUUUCUGUGCGACAAAGUCCACGUAGGAUUAAACCUGUCAGGAUAAUUCCCACCUCCAAAAGGACUGAUACAACCAUUGCCAAGCAGCUUCUGCAGAAGGCCAAGAAAGGUGCCCAGAAGAAGAUGGAACUAGAAGCAGCUAAACUGCAAGGACGUAAAGGAGGCACACAGCUGAAGAAUAUACGACAAUUUAUUAUGCCGGUUGUUAGUACUGUCUCUUCCCGAAUUAUAAAGACACCUAGGAGGUUUAUCGAAGAUGAAGAUUAUGAGCCCCCAAUCAAGAUUGCUCGACUCGAGACUGCUCCGAUCGGACGUUUUAGUGCGGCAUCUUGUGAGUCUAGUGAGAAGUCGAGCGCAGCUUCCCAACAGUCCUCCCAGGCUACAUCAGAUGAGUCCCGAUCUAGCAGCCCUAGUGUAGACACCUCAACAGAGUCUCAGGCUUCAGAGGAGACACCUGCUGUAACAGACCCUCAAGAAUGUCUAACAGAGAUGCCCGUAGCUACUCCUCAGUCAGUUCCAGAAAACCGUGGAGGUGGAGCAAGGAGUCGUCGAAUGUCUAAUUGUAACAGAAGUUUUAAUUCUAGACAGACGAAGAAGAUUAUUUCUCCACCUCUUCAGCAGUCAUCUGCAUCACCACCACUUCUGAGUCCUCCUGCACCUCAUCAGCCCCCCUCUUCCCUUUCUGAGCACUCAACCUGGGUCAUUCCUCCUAAUAUUCCUCUACAUCCACCCUUCCUUUCUGCUUCACGCAUGCAUGAGAAGAGAAGGUCAAUUCUAAGGGAACCAACUUUCCGCUGGACCUCCAGACCAGAAUCUCAGUACUUCUCCUCUGCUAAAUAUGCCAAAGAAGGCCUCAUUCGAAAACCCAUAUUUGACAAUUUCAGGUCUCCACCGCUGACAGCGGAGGAUGUAGGACUCGCUUCUGCUUCCGGAUUUAGCUCUGCUUCUGUGGUAGCCCCUGGAAGACUGUUUUCUCAAUUACAUGCCGCGGGGAGGUUCGAUGUACCUAAACGAAGCCCAAUACUGCGUGCACCCAGAUUUACCCCCAGUGAAGCACACUCCCGUAUAUUUGAGUCAGUGACUCUUCCGUCAUCUGUGGGGCGUUCUGGUGGGGCGUCUUCCAUUAUUGGAAUGGCCUCCCGUAGAAGGAAGAGGAGAGUCUUCAGUCCCAUCCGCAGUUCUGUGUCAAGAUCACCAUCUCACUCCAUGAGAACAAGGAGUAGGAGAGAAAGUAGCAGCAACGUGGCAGCAUCCCUCAUACCUCAGUCGUCCACCUCACUUGCAGGCAUCUCUGUCAGUCCUCUCACCGCCAGUGCCUUAAACCCAAGCUUUCAUUUCUCUUCCACGUCGACUACUCCAGCACCUGGGGAUUCUGCUGAAAAAAGUCAGAAACCAAGGAAGCAAGCCAGCACUCCAGGUGAGCACUUCUCAUCCUCUUCCAACAGCUCGGCCGCUCUGUUCCCUUUGUUCCCUUCUAGUCCCCAGAUGGAUAGAGGACGGAAUAAAGGAAGGAUAUCUGACGAGGCGCCUAAAGAAAGGGAAACUGAAAGAUGUAGAGAAAAGGACCGAGAGAAGGAAAACUCUCAUGACUCCAGAAAGGAUAAACGUAAGAAGGGUUCAGAUGCUGCCAAAAAAAGCACGAAAGAGAAGAGCGACGGUGAGGCCCUCACCCCUGCAACACCAAUAAAACUCCUUUCAAGGAAGAGGACAGUGAUGGCGGAGCCCUCUUUAGCAACAAGUCUGCCGGCCUUACCUGCAGUACCAGUGCCGGCUAAGAAUAAGGUAUCCAAGAAAGGCCGUGGUAUUUCUGAGAAGCACGAUUUGGAAACUGGUGCCAAAUCUCCACCGACAGAGCCCCACACAGCUGUCCCAGUCCAACCUGUAAAUCCUGUCAAAAGCUCUACAACCACCAUUGGCUCCAUGUUGGACAAAUUUCUUGCCUCAAAAAAGCAUGUGGCCAGUCUCUUAAGAACAGCCAAGUGUCAGCUGCAAAACAUAGAGAAAAGUAAACUGCGGAAACCAGGAGAACAACCAAAAGCACAGGGCCAGGAGAGUGAUUCAUCUGAGACUUCUGUGCGUGGGCCUAGGAUCAAGCAUGUCUGCCGAAGAGCUGCUGUGGCGCUGGGACGUAAGAGGGCAGUAUUUCCAGACGACAUGCCCACACUGAGUGCCUUACCUUGGGAAGAGAGAGAGAAGGUUCUGUCUUCCAUGGGGAAUGAUGACAAGUCCUCUAUAGCUGGCUCUGAGGAUGCCGAUCCACCAGCUCCACCCCUCAAACCCAUUAAACAAGUCACUCGCAAUAAGGCUCCACAGGAACCUCCUGUAAAGAAGGGCAGGCGGUCGCGUCGCUGCGGCCAGUGCUCAGGCUGCCAGGUGCCUGAUGACUGCGGCGUGUGCACGAAUUGCCUUGACAAGCCAAAAUUUGGAGGACGCAACAUCAAAAAACAGUGCUGCAAGAUGAGAAAGUGCCAGAAUUUGCAAUGGAUGCCCUCUAAAGCUUUUUUGCAGAAGCAAGCAAAGGCGGCAAAAAGGAAAGAAAAGAAAACCAGAAUGGCUGAAAAGGAGGGUGCUACUGUGAAGCCUACCCAAGAACCUGUUCCCAAGACUGUUGUAGCACCGAUAACCACUGCCACAUCGCCUGUCAGUGAGGAGGCUCCACUUACUCCUCCCCCGCCACCAAAAAAGAGUGAUCCUCCUAAGAAGGUUGUAGAGGAGAAACCUGAGGAGGAGAGCCCACCUGCACUAACCGAUGAGGUUAAACAGCCUCCUACUGUACGAAAAGUCAGCAAGCAGCUUCACCCGCAGCCUCCGGUCACUCAAAUCCCACGCCAAACUAGUCCGCCACCAACACCCUCUCGCAAAGAAGUCCCCAGACCUGCCUCUUUGGAGCCAAGGAAGAAACAGCCUUUUGUCCUUCCUGAGACCGGUUCUGAGCAAAACAAGCAGAAGAAACUCGCAUCCAGACUAGGGGUGUUACCGAGAUCCAGAUCCAAGGAGAAGGAGAAACCACUAGCUCCCAGCAAGCCAGAUGUGAAUUUUAACCUUCUGAACACCCUGUGUAAUGGCAACAGCUCCAGACAGAAACCUCCAUCUGAUGGCGUGCAUAGGAUUCGUGUAGAUUUUAAGGAGGAUUGUGAAAUGGGAAAUGUAUGGGAGAUGGGUGGUUUAAGCAUCCUUACCACCGUGCCGAUCACCCCACGUGUCGUUUGCUUCCUUUGUGCCAGCAGUGGAAAUGUUGACUUUGUGUUCUGCCAAGUGUGUUGUGAGCCUUUUCACCGUUUCUGCUUGGAAGAAAAGGAGAGACCGUCUGAGGACCAACUGGAAAAUUGGUGUUGCCGAAACUGCAAGUUUUGUCACGUGUGUGGCAGACAACAGCAGGUUAAUAAGCAACUACUGGAGUGUAACAAGUGCCGCAACAGCUAUCACCCAGAGUGCCUGGGACCAAAUUACCCCACAAAGCCUACGAAGAAGAAGAGAGUCUGGAUCUGCACUAAAUGUGUCCGAUGUAAGAGUAGCGGGUCCACCACACCUGGUAAAGGCUGGGAUGCACAGUGGUCGCAUGAUUUCUCAUUGUGCCAUGACUGUUCCAAACUCUACUCUAAAGGGAACUACUGCCCCCUGUGUAAUAAGUGCUAUGAUGACGAUGAUUACGAGAGUAAGAUGAUGCAGUGCGGAAAGUGUGAUCGAUGGGUCCAUUCCAAAUGUGAAAGUCUGACGGAUGAAAUGUAUGAGAUCCUAUCAAAUUUGCCGGAGAGUGUGGCGUAUACGUGUGUGAAAUGCACUGAUCACCACCCCGCAGAGUGGAGGUUGGCACUGACCAAGGAGUUACAGGCUUCUCUUAAACACGUACUAACCGCUCUGCUGAAUUCUCGCACGUCUAGCCAUCUUCUGCGUUACAGACAGUCAGCAAAGCCUCCUGACUUAAACCCGGAGCCGGAAGAGAACAUGCCUUCCCGAAGCUCUCCGGAGGGUCCCGAUCCUCCUGUUCUUAUACAAGUUGGCAAGCAAGAUGAUCCAGCUCCUCUUGACCUCGACGGGGUGAAGAAGAAGAUGGAUGUUGGAAGGUACACUUCUGUGUUGGAGAUGAGUGAUGACAUUGUGAGGAUCAUCCAGGCAGCUAUGAAUGCAGAUGGAGGUCAGCCAGAGCUGAAGAAGGCCAAUAGCAUGGUGAAAUCCUUUUUCACAAAGCAAAUGGAGCGUGUUUUCCCGUGGUUCAGCGUAAAGAAGUCCAGAUUUUGGGAACCAAAUAAGGUUGCUAGCAACAGCUGCAUAUUACCUAAUGCAGUACUGCCGCCAUCACUGGACCACAACUAUGCGCAGUGGCAGGAGAGGGAGAAUAGCUUGGCUGUCCAGCCUUCACUAAUGAAGAAAAUUAUUCCAGCUCCAAAACCCAAAUCUCCAGGUGAUCCGGAGUCUCCACCACCCACACAUUAUCCUCCACCAGCAACAGAUCACAGCAGGGACGAGAAUGCAGACCUGCCGCCUCCGCCUGGUGUGGAGGAUAAUCGACAGUGUGCUCUGUGUCUGAAGUAUGGGGAUGACCAUGCAAAUGAUGCUGGGCGUCUUCUGUACAUUGGUCAAGAUGAGUGGACUCACAUUAACUGUGCUUUGUGGUCAGCAGAGGUGUUUGAGGAUGAUGAUGGUUCUCUCAAAAACGUGCACAUGGCGGUGAUCAGAGGGAAGCAGCUGAGGUGCGAGCACUGCCAGAAGCUCGGUGCCACAGUGGGCUGCUGCCUGACGUCCUGCACCAGUAAUUACCACUUCAUGUGCUCGAGGAUUAAGAAUUGUGUGUUUCUAGAGGAUAAGAAAGUUUACUGCCAGAAACACAGAGAUCUGAUCAAGGGGGAGGUUGUGUCUGAUAAUAACUUUGAGGUUUUCAGAAGAGUGGUUGUGGACUUUGAAGGGAUUAAUUUGCGCAGGAAGUUCCUGAACGGUCUGGAACCAGACAGCAUUCAUAUGAUGAUAGGUUCCAUGACGGUAGAUUGUCUUGGCAUCCUCAGUGACUUAUCAGACUGUGAGGAGAAGCUAUUUCCCAUCGGUUAUCAAUGUUCUCGAGUGUACUGGAGUACGACAGAUGCCCGGAAACGUUGUGUUUAUACAUGUAAAAUCCUGGAAUGUAGGCCUCCUCCCACUGAAACCGAUGUCAACAGCACUGAGCAUCACGAAGAAAACCGCACUAUCGCGCACAGUCCGCCACAUGAUGAAAUGCAUGAACCAAGUGCACAGAGAAUAAGGCCUGUAGAUACAAUUAGCCUUCCUUCUCCAGAACCACUUUCUUCAGCUUCCAGCACCUGGGCCACUUCCCGACCGUCUGGUGUGGGAAGGGUCCGCACACACAGAUACAGAUCUAAUCAGCGUUUUCCUGGACCCCGUCCACUUCCAUCAGCAGGUAGUCCAGUUGCACAUGAAAUUGUGACUGUUGGAGAUCCUGUCCUCUCCUCUGGGCUUCGUAGCAUAGGUUCACGCAGACAUAGUUCCUCUUCCGUAUCUCCACAGCCUCCAAAGCCAUGUGUGAUUUCUCCUUCCCAUGCUGAGGGCUCCAGACUUACUGUAUCACAACCGGACACAACAGCCGCACUAGCAGAUCACAGGUCUACCAACAUAGAUUCAGGAGGCAUCCAUUCAAAUUCCGUGAAUCAGAGUAGCUGCCUUUCCAGCAAUGGGCACAGAAUUGCAGGGGCAAAAGUGGAUAAACCAUCCGAAACCAGGAGAGCUGGCUCACUUGAAAUCUUAUCAAAAAUUCCCAAAACUGAUAAAAUGAAAUCUUUAAGUCUGAGGUCUUCUGAUUUUGCUGCUAAUCAAGCUAGCACUAAGGUACCUACUCAGCCACAGGGCAUCUCAAACCCUGAUUCUAGCACAAGCAGAGCUGGCUCUGUGAAAGAUGGCUCUGUGAAAGAUGGCUCCAAGGCCAAUGCUUGUCAUCAGCACCAAAGGGCAAUAAAGAGAGAAAAUGAUCCAAAUGUGGAUACCAUUCAGGCUGAGAGAACUCUAUCCUCUGAGAACACCCAAGAAACCCAUUUACCUUUGGGUAAUCAUGGUGUUACAGUGACCAAAGAAAGACGGCCAAAGUCAAAGAAUCAGAUAAUGGAGAGCUCGAAGGAAAAACAUUCCAGUAAAUCCACAACUAAUGACAAUGAUCAUGUAUCUGGAGAAUGCAGAAGCCAAGUAGACACUAACGGCAAUCAUCUAAUUUCAGAUACUGGAUGUUUUAAAAUGCAUAGUCAUAGCAAAAACGUAGAUAAGUCUGCCUCCAGCACUGAAAGUCCACUGGUUGAUGCAUCUAUGGUGAGCCCAUGUAAAGCAAUAAAGCCAAAGAUGGCGGCAGAAAACACAAGUGACAUAAAGAUGGACCAACAAACAGGGUCACCCCCUGAGCUGACUGAGGUAACUAAAUCGCAAGACAGUCCUGAAGAUACUGAUGAUAGUGUCGCCAACCACAGAAGCCCAAACACAGACUCCGAGCCACAAGCUGGCAAUGCUUACCCUGCUCAGGACUCCAGUGUACUUCUCCAAGAUGGAAGCAAAGCUCAGGAAGAUAGCUCGUACAAAAGACGAUAUCCAAGGAGAAGUGCCAGAGCACGUUCUAAUAUGUUCUUUGGAUUAACGCCUCUGUACGGUGUACGUUCCUACGGCGAGGAGGAUCUCCCCUUUUGCAGCAGCACUCCAGGAAAGAAACGAGGAAAAAGAUCAGCCGAGGGUCAAGUAGAUGGUGCAGAUGACCUCAGUUCUUCUGAAGAUGAUGACGUGUAUUAUUAUAACUUUUCUAGAACUGUAGUAUCUGCUGCUGCGGAUGACAGACUAGGUGUACGCAACCUGUUUAGAGACGAUGACCGAAAUCUUCACAGAAUCCCCCAACUUGAUGGAGUAGAUGACGGCACAGAAAGUGAUGCAAGCAUCACUACCACCACUGGGAAAUCUGGACACACAGGAAAGAGAAGCAGUAAACAAAAUGGAGCUGAAAAAUUGGUUGCAUCAAAUGAACCGUUGGAAAAAUCCCAUACAGGAAAAGGCAGCAAGGGCUCAGAUACCAAAAUUGAAAGCUGUCAUCCAGUGAAGCAAGACUCACUGGAGACUCAACUCAGCUUAGACAAUCCACGGAGAAGUCAUGGCGGAUCUGAUAAAACGCUGCUGGAUUCCUUUAACACUGAGCUGCUAAAGUCUGACUCUGACAAUAACAACAGUGAUGAUUGUGGGAACAUCCUUCCUAUAGACAUUAUGGACUUUGUAUUAAAGAAUACCCCAGCCAUGCAAGCACUAGGAGAAAGCCCUGAGUCCUCUUCAUCGGAGCUGCUUACAUUGGGGGACGGUUUGGGGCUGGAUACUAACCGUGGUAAAGAUAUGGGAUUAUUUGAGGUAUUCUCACAGCAGCUUCCGUCAUCCGAUUCAGGGGAUGGUACUGUUCCUUCUAGUAUGUCUGCCGAAGAGCAGUUUGAACUUCCACUUGAGCUGCCUUCUGAUCUUUCCGUUUUGACCACUCGCAGCCCAUCUCUUCCAAGUCAGAAUCAUAGUAGGCUUGGCGUGAUCCCAGAUUCCCAGAUGUCUGCACCCAGUGACCGUUCCCUUUUAUCUUUACCAACUCCAGACACUGGUGAAAAAAGAGUAUCAGUUACCGAAAAGCCUGUGACAUCUGGUGAGGGAGAUUCAGACCUGUUGGUUCAAAGUGUUGAUCGAACGCCAGAAAGGCACAUGACUCCUGAUCGAUUUAUUACAGGGCACAUGGAAGCUGAGCACAUUUCUAGCCCUUCCUGUGGACAGGUAGACCAUGGAUCGGGUCAAGAGCUAACAAGAAAUAGUAGUACACCAAAUUUGCAAGUGCCAGUGUCUCCCACGGUGCCAAUUCAAAACCAAAAAUAUAUCCCAAGCACCACAGAGAGUCCUGGUCCUUCACAAAUGCAGAACACUGCCAUACAGAGCACAUCCCCUCACCUCAAAUCUACGACUGAAAAGGUAGUUGUGGUCAAUCAGAACAUGCAGCCUCUUUAUGUCCUACAGACAUUGCCCAAUGGUGUUACACAAAAAAUACAGCUGACACAACCUGUACCUUCUGGCUCAGGUCGUAUGGAUGGGGAUGUACCAGUGCUCAGUUCUAUGGGAGCAGGACUUACAUUAGCCACCACACUCAAUCCUACUUUAACCUCACCUUUUCCAUCUGCCGCCAAGGGGCUCUUACCAAUAUCCCACCACCCACACCUUCAACCCUUUCCAACAACCCCCCAGGCUGCUUUCUUGCCGGGUCUCACUAACCAGCCUCCAGGUCUUCUUAUUGGGGUACAACCAACAGCUGAACCACAACUCCUAGUGUCAGAAUCGGGACAAAGGUCAGAUUUGAGUAGUGCAUCCAAUCCUCAGACAUCUGGCAUGGGUAAGAAAAGGCAGAUCUCACGUCUACACAACAAGAAAAACAAAAAACUGGCGCCUUCUGUUGCACCUGCUUUAAGGCAUCCUCCUGAAGUUGUAUCAAAUAUGACACUAAUUAACUUUACUGCCCCACAACUUGCUGGAAGUUUACCAAACCACCCAAGCUUGAUUGACUUAGGCAGCCUAGGAAGUGCUGCCCCCCACCGCAGUAUUCCAAAUAUAAUCAAACGAUCCAAGUCUGGGGUCAUGUACUUUGACCAGACGCCCUUGCUUCCGCAGAAUUUGGGAGCGUCCAACUCUGUAGGGAUCAUGGAUCAUGGACAUCUCACUAGUCAAGUGCCGGCGAUUGCUACCGGUUCUUCCGUCCUAAAUGUUGUGUCCAUGCAGACAACGGCUACCCCUCCUCCUGUAAGUGGUCACGUCACUCUUACUAGUCAAGGCAUUUUGGGUCCUUCAGAACUUAGUUCUAUUGGCAACUUUCUAAUAAAGACAAGCCCACAGGGAUUGGGCAUUCAAGAUAACCAUGUGGCACUUCCUUCUGGACCUGGGAUUUUUUCUUCGAGUCCUACUGCAGCUACGUUGGCAACAACUUCUAGCAUAUGUGUUGUGCCCACCUCUCAGUCAGUUGGAAUGACUCUUGCCCAUACAGUGAAUGACCAGGACUGUCCUUUCCCAAUUUCUCAUCACAUGAACAGACUGCUCAGCAACAGGCCCCCACUCCUACCAGACUCUGGUAGUUCAGAUCACAGAUCACCAACUCACCAGUUACUAUCUGAUGCUGAGGGCAAAGCAAUGAAUUCAGCUUCUGGUCCACAGAGAGUAAGUUCCUCAGCAGUCCAGAAAACAAAAAGCAAAGGAAAGCGACAGACUAGCUCCACAGACAAGACAAGCAGGAAGAAACACAAGUCAUCGCACUCUGGCCACGGAUCAACUGGGACACGAGAGCAAGACAAAGACAACAAGCCGUCUGGUGUUAUUUUAUCAGGGAGCAUUAAGCCCAAAACUGAUGAUAUAAACACAUCAGAACCACCUAAUGUGAUCGCGGCAGAAAAGACUGUGGGGCAGUCUCCGGGUGUUGCAGAUAUGGAUCCACUGAAGGAACAAAGUCAGCUGGAGCUGAAAUCAGAUGAUUGGAAACAGCCAGAAGAUGAUGUUGGGUUCAGUUCUCCUCUGAUGCGGUUGCUACAGCAUGAACAGAGGCGGCAGGACUUGCUUCAGGGACCCAAACCUAGAACCGGCCUCCUGUUUGAGAUCUCCAGUGAUGAUGGUUUCCAGAUUUCUGCUAACAGCAUUGAAGAGGCUUGGAAGUCUCUGACUGACAAAGUACAGGAAGCAAGAUCCAAUGCGAGGCUAAAACAGCUUUCAUUUGCAGGUGUAAAUGGGCUCAGGAUGCUGGGAAUUAUACAUGACGCCGUGCUGUUUCUUGUGGAGCAGCUAUAUGGUGCGAACAGGUGUCGUAGUUAUAAGUUCCGCUUCCACCGUCCAGCUGGAGAAGAGGAACCUCCUAUCAAUCCUCAUGGGUCAGCACGUGCUGAGGUGAACCAAAGGAAAUCCGCCUUUGACAUGUUUAAUUUCUUGGCCUCCAAACAUCGGCAGCCUCCAGAAUACAAACCGAAUGAUGAGGAGGAAGAAGAGGUGCAGCUGAAAUCCGUUCGGAGGGCCACCAGCAUGGAUCUACCAAUGCCAAUGAGGUUCCGACAUCUCAAGAAGACGUCUAAAGAAGCCGUUGGCGUCUACAGAUCUCCAAUUCAUGGCCGAGGUCUUUUCUGCAAGAGGAACAUUGAUGCUGGAGAGAUGGUGAUAGAGUAUUCAGGAAACGUUAUCCGUUCUACAUUGACUGACAAGAGAGAGAAAUACUACGACGGAAAGGGGAUCGGCUGCUAUAUGUUUCGUAUAGAUGAUUCUGAGGUGGUGGAUGCCACUAUGCAUGGCAAUGCUGCUCGCUUCAUCAACCACUCCUGUGAGCCCAACUGUUACUCCCGCGUCAUCCCGAUUGAUGGGCAAAAACACAUUGUCAUAUUUGCAAUGCGUAAAAUUUACCGCGGGGAGGAGCUCACCUAUGACUACAAGUUCCCCAUCGAGGAUGCUAGCAACAAGUUAGCGUGCAACUGUGGGACCAAAAAAUGCCGCAAGUUUCUCAACUGAUCAAGGUUUUUGAAACUUUCCAAGAACAGGCUGGGGUGGAGGUCGCUCCCAGUAUGCAGGAAGCAUGCAGCCACGGCUCCGUGGAAAUCUUUUCUUCACCUUCUGAAAACAGCAGGCUCCACUUCCCUGCUGCGUGGCCAAGAAUACAUUGCACGACUGAAUAACCUAAGUAUAUCCAUAGGAAACAUGCUGUAAUGUAUAACAAGGACCAACCCCUAACCGUGACGACUUACAGCGUAUUACAAGCAUGAGUGUAUCUGUGUACGGCUUUGCUGUCACAUGGCAGUGAUCUAGUAGUUUUAUAUUUUUAAUUUAUUUUUGUACGUGUCCAACUUUGCAUGGCACUGUUGGUUAUCAGAAUUGUAAUUUUAUUUUCCAUGUGCUCCGAAAGGGCAAGCGACGCCUUCUUAUCUACCCUAACGCUAGGGUAUAGAAGACCACCGCACAUGAGGUCUGCUGUAGGUUGAAGAACAGAAGAAGACGAUUUGUGGGCACCUUCGCGUAGGGAGCCAACCAGAGCGCUGCAGAAAGACGUCCUAGUCUUGUUUGACCGCUUCCGGUUUGUAGUCCUAGAGGACUGACUUAUGAUAUAGACAUUCGUUUUGACUCUCCUUGGAGAGCCAGAAUCCUGCAUACCUCUCAUCCUUCAUGGAGGUACGUUCCUUCUGAUCGUGAAAGGAAGGGGCUAAUACAGCACUGACUAAAGGAGGCAAAAGUAGAAGGCUCUGCACGUAGACUCUUCUGCAUUGAGGCCUCUUAAGAGGUUCAGGGUCAUGUGGGUUUGGGGGGGGGGGCGCAUUCAGAGAUUGUAGUUUUGUGUUAUGACACUCAGGAGCUGCAAUAUCUUUGGGGCAUUAGAUAGCACUGACUUCUGGAAGUAUCAGCUCCAGGAUCUUAUCCUAAAGAAAGAUAAUGUUGGGGGCCCAGAAACUGAAGCCACCAGAAGUUUUUUUUAUUUUAUAUAUUUUUUUUUUUUCUAGCAUAGAUCAACCAUGAUGUUUUAAAGGGAUGAUAUCUUAGGGACAAGCGGCGAUAUCCUGCCGCACCCCCUAAUGACCUUUUAAGAUCGGAUUCUUGCCAAAUUAAAUCAUGCUGAAGAUUCUGAAUCAUGGUAAGACUUAGGAGAAUGGUUUGGAUUGCCCGAAUUGCAGGAAAAAAAAAAUCUAUUUAUUUUAUAUUUAAGAUAAUUGUGAAAUCAUGCAAUACAAUGUAGUGUACUCUUUCUAAAGGAGCGAGGAACAGGUUAUGUUUACUGUCGGGGGAGCUCCUGACACUACGCAGGACUUCAGAGCUCCUCGGCAACCAACGCAUUUCAAAGCACCCCCUUAAAAGUUAAACCACGGCAGAGAAUGAGACAAAGCACUCUCGCCACUCUCCUCCACAAUGUCAUCGCUCAGCUCCCGCCUUCAGUUUACAUCUUCUCUUUAUUUUUUCGUAGUAUUUAAAAAAAAAAAAAAGAAAAAGAAAAACAAUUGUUUUUUACAAAAUGUAAAUACUCUAUAUUUUUCUAUUGGAAGCACUUAUUAAUUGCUAAGGAAGCACUUAAAGCAGGGGGAUGGGAAGUCUUUACCGAAAUUGGUGUAUUCAAAUUUAUUUUUUUGAUAAAAUGUUUAGUUUUUUUUGUUUUUUAAUCUGUGAAAUUUAUUUUCUUGUAGGCUGCUGAAGAGGUAACCUUUUUGAUGAUAUUUUGACGUUAAUCAUUAUUGGCCUUGUGUUAGGGUUGCAUUAACUCCUUCAUAUAACUGAAGAGGCGCAUUUUAUCUUUACCGUGAGACUGCAGAACACAUAACAAUUCUGUACAUUGUAGGAAUUAUUUAUUAUUUUAAAGUGAAUAUUAACCGGUCCGUCAUAAGCUUUCAGCGUGAACUUGUUGAGGUGAGAGUCCAUCAUUUUACGAAGACUGGGCUGAGGGUUUACAUCCUUACCUAACUCUCAGGUAGACAUUCUUUUGUAAUGUUUGUAGAGCUGACUACUUGCUUGUUGGCUACGUCCCCUCUAUUACCAUGCAUCUCCCUUGGGAAGUCGGGCGAUUGUUUGUAUUUUUGCUGCAUUGCAUGGAGCCUGCCAAGGUUUCUGUGCACCACACACUCCCUGGUGCAAGAUAAAGGGUCGUCCAACGCUUGGUAAAGUACUUCAUUGAUUUGCAAACGUAAAAUAAGGAAACUUACUAAUGUAUGUCAAUUUUAAAACUGCAAGAAUAUCCUGAUUUUGGUCCCCUGAUGUUCUGACACAGACGUAGGUGACCAGGAGCUUUCUCCCCUUCCGUUGAUUUAAUGAGAAAUAUUUAUUACCUAUCCACGUGAUGGAUGUGGAAUAUCUGAUAUUUGCAGGGGUUCUGACCACUGGGGACCUCCCUUUUUUAUAUAGAUAAUGAGGGAUCCCCUCUCUAAAUGGAGCAGUAGUGCACAUGCUGAUCCACUGCUAGGGACUGACAGUGCUGAGUCCAUCUCAUAGAAAUGGAUAAAGUGGUGGACUGAUGUCCACUACUGCUCAGGGGGACCCCUCCUUCUCAAGAUUGGAACCAGCAAUUGGACUCCCCGCACUAGUGUCACCUAUUCUGUGGCUAGGUGAUAAAUACUUUUAAUACUUUAUCUAAGCCAUUCCCUUUCUCUGGCUUCUCCAGUGCAGUGGAGCACUUUUUCUGGUGUCUGACAACCCCUUUAAUGCUCUGGCUAGUGUCAUCUGAUAGAACAGCCCAUGGUAGUAGCUGAAAGGUCUACAAGCCUUUUUCUUCAGAGGGGACAUCAUUUUACUUAAAUGGUCACUAACUUUUCACACAACUUUGCAUAAAUUAAUAGUAUAAUUGACCAUAAGAAACUUUGUAAUAUGUCUCAUCAGUGAGAAAUGUCUAGUUCUCAUUAUCAGCUGUUUAACCUUGCUAAUUGUUUUUUACUUUGAAAAAUGUCGUAAACCCGUCCAGGACGGAUCAGCUCCACAAAAGGAUCAUGUUACACGUGUCAGUACAGCUCUAUGGACAGGGAAAGGGGAGAAGUGAGCAGGAACUGAAUGGGACAGACACACAGACUGCACGGCUAAAUAGGAAGCUUAUAUUUCAGCACAAGUGCUUUAUUCACAACCAUACAGGUCAACACAGUGGUCCCUCAAUUUACAAUAUUAUUUGGUUCAAGAAUGUCUGUUGUAUGUUGAAACUGUUGUAACUUGAGUAAUUGGUACCAAAGCUCCAAAAUGUCAUUCAAGAUGAGAGAAAAUAAAGAUUUAAGAAAAAUAAGCAGAUAACUUAGCUUUCAUGCACACACCUGUUGUUUAGGUCCGCAUUCAAGCUGCAAAAAAUGCCUAUUCACUUCAAUCGGGCCACAAAAGAUGCGGACAGCACUCCGUGUGCAGCCCGCAUUCUUUACUCCGUUCUAUGACCCCGCAAAAAAAAAAAAUAGAAUAUGUCCUGUUCUUGUCUGUUUU